AUUUCCUAUAAUAAUUUGGAAGAAUGCAUUGUUAAUAAAUGCUCUUCAACCCAUGUAUCAAUAGGAAUUUCCUGUAAUUCUUGCUCAAAUUCAUUUAAAAUUCAUGCGGAGAAAUCCAUUGAUGAGUUCCUAAUAAUAAUUAUUGAUCUCGAACAGAAUAUCUCUGAUGAACUAUUAUAUUUAGUUAGUAUAAAUAUUUGGCAGAUGAAAUAUCUGCAUAAGUACCCGUAUAUAUCAGCACGGUGCAAACGUCGCUGCUACCUUGUGUCCUUGUAAGGAAUAAAUCGAAAAGAAAAAUGAAAUUCGACUUAAUCUUCUGUGUGGUCUUGUCCCUGCUGAGAUUUUCUGGAGCACAAGAAACUGGUGGGAACAUCUGGGAUAUGCUGAUCAAUGGCGAUUCCAUUAAUUACAUAAAAAGCCUUCAAAAAGCUCCUUAUUACGUACCACCAAGACCCGUUGCGUCAUCAUCGAGCGUAGGAUUUUCAGUAGGAGGAGGUGGAUCAAUUGCACCCUUUGCCAUACUCAAACCAAAAGCAGAGAUCCUGAAGCUGAUAGAAAGCUUCAUUAGGCUUCAGGGCGAGGUUGGUUCCAGAUUAUAUGCCUUAGUUGUGGAUAACUGGGAGCUAAUUAGGUAUCUGUCCAAUACGGUCAUUAAUAAUAUAGGAUACCUCCAAUCUUUCACUGUGAAUGGAAUAAUAACACUUAGGAAAAUUUUGGAAUUUGCCAAUAGGUUGUUCGCAUCUUGGGAAAUAACAGUUCCGAAUGUAAGUGUUGAUUUCUCCACAUUGUUGAGAGAAUCCAAUUUCUUCGACGAAUUCUCGUGAAGAUGAUGUACCUAAAUAUUGUAUCGAAUCAGUGUUGUAUAUUGUAUAUUUCAAAUUGAUAGUGCCCUACAUGCAGUUUCAUUUCAAUACCUGAAAAAUUACACAAAAAAUCGUCAAUUGACAUAAUAUCAAACCUGUGAGUUCAUUAUCAGCCUAUAUUCUGAGAGAGACCAAAAAUUGUUCUUUUUCGGUUAAACCCUAUAUUGUUUUGUCUGAUUCGUUAUUUGGAUCACCAAUUAUAGUUUUUUUCUAUCUGGGAAACUGCUAUUCAUGACUGGAUGCUAAAUCUUGUAUUUAUUUCAUAUAUAUCAUUUUGUCAUUUUGUGUUAGUAUGAAUAAUUUUUUGUAGAAAAGUGGACGUAGAAAGUGUUUUUUUUCAUACUUGACAAAUUGACGCUUCUUUCACGAAUUGAUUUUUCAAAUUUUGUUCAAGAUAAUUCAGAGAAAAAAUUUCUAUGUUUUCUAUAAUGCG